AUGUCCAAAAACACCAAAUCCUCUCGAACUGAGGGGGAAAGGUCUAAGAAGUGCAAGAAAAGUGCUACUUCUACUACUGUUCCUGUGUCUCUGAAUCUACUCCAAAAUCUGAUGAGAAUCAUGGAAAUCAAGGAGGGGUUGAGCAGCCGAUCAUGGAAGAAAGGAAUCACCAUGCAAGAUAAACGCAGUGCUUCUGAAGGAGCCAAGGGCUUUAAUGGCGGCGGCCCUGAGGAUGUACUGGUGGUAGAAGGCGGCUAUGGCGGCUCCGACGAAAGGACCAACCCAGAAAAUCCAGUGGUCGUCCCAGGCCUUGUCCUCGUUGUAUAUCACGGCGGCCCCGAAACUCCGGGCAGGGUUUAUUCCGGUGCCGGUGAUUGGGAUUGUCGCCAGGUGGACCAUGAACACCGCGAACCCAAUCGGAAAUUUCAUUACUUUACUAUUAUUUAA